AUGCAAGAUCAAAACCGUCUUACGGAUUUCGUACAACAUGUACUCAGGGAAGACGAUCAUGAUUCUUCUCAACAUUCCGCACGUGAAGCAGAACAUUUAUUAUCGUUUUCUGAAGAAGGACUUUUCGCCCCUUCCAAUCGUCUUGACGAGCUUGAUGGGACGCACCAUGAGACUGGGGUCAGUAUAGAGCAAGCAUUAGAAAGAGCAGAGAGGGAAGAUAGGAUAGAUCCUGCUAUUUUAGCUGAUGGGGUUGGAGAGCAAGUAUCUUUAGAAGAGGGGAAAGAAAUGGAAGUGAGAGAGGAUGGGGAAGGAGGACAAAAUGAUGAUAGGGGAGAUGGUGGGAAUAGAUGGGGUAGGAAAAGACGAAGAGAUGAUGAAGGUGGGGAAGGAAGACCAAAAGGGAAGAAAGAGAGUCAUGCAGACGUAGAACGUCGUCGUCGUGAUGCAAUCAACGAAGGUAUCACUGCCAUCGCAGCUUUGAUACCACAUGGAUCAGAACGUAGUAAAGGUGCUAUACUCAAAUACGCCGCUGCACAUUUAUCUUCAAUUACCGAAAGGGUCAAUAGAUCGGAUGAAGAGAUAUCUAGGAGAGAUGCUGAAAAGGCUGCUUUACAGGACGAACUUCAACAAGUUCAAAAAGGUUUAGCAGAAGAACAAAUUCGUUCAUUAAAAUAUGAAAGAUUUUGGCGUGAAGCGGAAGAUAGAUCAGCGGCUAGUGAAUUCGAAUUACAAAGAUUACGUGGAGAGAUUGAAGAUUUGAAAAAGGGACAAUAA